UAUGAAAGGGUACGCUUCACGCUGUUCCAGGAUGCUAGCCAUGGGACCAACACAGUGGAGAAGUUUAGCCUCGCGCUUCAACGUUCUUGGUUAUUGCGGAAAUUAACCCACUAUGCUGUUUACUUUGUGCAUCUCGCCUACGUCAUAUUGCUGAGUCUACCUUUAAACUCAGAAUAUGCUAUUCUGUUCUUUGGAAUGUUUUUUGUGCUUAAAUAUUUAUUAGACUGUUUAAAAUGUAGACAAAUUGCGUCAUUGUUGGAUUCUUCUUGGAUAGGCCUACCUCAAAUCCCGGCAGUGUGUUAACUUAAUUUAAAAUAUUUUACUUAAUAAAUAACUUAGUAUGUGAAGACCCUGGUCUUACCCCAACCAGCAGUGCAGCCACCAGUCCCAGGGGGGCCCUCAAGGAGGUAUCGUGACAGACAGUUGUAGGGUACAUUGCUUUAUAAAAUAAGCAACAACCGCCUAGACCAAUUCCAGGGUUGAAUUUAAUCAUCUCAAUUUUGCCGUAUUUUAAAGUGUUAAAUAAUGUUAUGGUGUUAAAUAAUGUUUUAUAGUGUUCAAUAAUGGUAGGCCUUCAUCAAAGUUAAUUUUUUUAUCUGCAGGAACAGUUGCACCAAUGGUCCUCACACAAGCUCCACUUCUGCAUAGAUACAAUGUUAAGGAAUCCCUCAUUAUCAUGAUAUGAUGCUGUUACAGUAACAAGUCACAUAGAAAAGUGGAUCUUGAGUAAUGUUGCAUGGGGCAGAAAUUGCACCAGGCUACACCAAUACCUUUUUACUGUAAGCUUCUGCUACAUGCCACAAUACCCCUAUAUCUGAUGGUUUCUUCUAUUCAUGUAGUGUAUAAGGAUACUGAAACUAGAAGACUGACAUUUCUCUCAACAUGAUCCAAUGGUGGGAUAAUGAGUAGCAGUAGUGCCGGUGUUUAGGUUUUUCCUCACUGGUUAUUUGAACAAAUCACGAUUUCUCAGGUGUUAGCAUCUUUCAAAAAGUGAUUUGAUAAAAACUGUACAUUUCUGGAAAGUAGUGAACGAUUGCACACUUCAAGAGAAAGGACAUCUUUUAAGGAUGCACCCAAUCAAUCAGAGAUUUAGAAGACAGUAAUUAAAUGUUUGGUCUAAUAAUAUUCUAUGUACAAUACUUCCUGUGGUCACCAGGACAGAGCUAGCCCACCCCCCUCCACCCUGCUGGAGUCCCCUGGUCACAACUCUCCUGGUAGAGCCUUACUGCUGGGUCUGAAGAGGGUGUCUGUGUGGCUGGUCGACUGCAGGAAAACACCAGGGCAGAGUGGAACUGUAAGAGAAGGACAUGAGGAGGGUGAUGGAGAUUUGAUUUCAUCAAGGGACACCCCAAACCGUCGUUCUCUCAGUGGGAGGGGCUUAUCAUCUGGGGAGCCUCAACCACAUCAUGUUGCUGACGAGACAGAGAAGAGUCUCUCCAGAUCAGAACAUCUCAAGAAACACCAGCAGAGAGGUACAAGGAAGAAACCUCACCACUGGUCCUCUGACUGUGGGAAGAGUUUCCGAAGCCGGAGUGGAAUCAUUAUUCAACAGCGGAUUAACAACAGAGAGAAACCGUACUGCUGCUCUCAUUGUGGGAUGAGUUUCGCUGCCUCUCGAACCUUAAAAUUUCAUCAGAGAAUUCAUACAGGGGAGAGACCUUACCCCUGCGAUGAUUGUGGGAAAAGCUUUGCUUUUUUGGGAGCCCUAAACAUACACAAGUUAACACACACUGGAGCGAAAUCUUAUAGCUGUGAUCAGUGUGGGAAGAGCUUCAGACAAUCAGGGAGCCUGAAUUCACACCAGCGAAUACACACUGGAGAGAAACCUUAUAGUUGUGAUCAGUGUGGGAAGAGCUUCAGUCAAUCAGGGAGCCUGAAUUCACACCUGCGAACACACACUGGAGAGAAACCUUAUAGCUGUGAUCAGUGUGGGAAGAGCUUUUCUCGAUCAGUACAUCUGACUAGACACCAGCGCAUACAUACAGGAGAGAAGCCUUAUAGCUGUGAUCAGUGUGGGAAGAGCUUUUCUCGAUCAGUACAUCUGACUAGCCACCAGCGCAUACACACAGGAGAGAAGCCUUAUAGCUGUGAUCAGUGUGGGAAGAGCUUCAGUGAUUCAGGCCAACUGACUAGACACCUGCGAACACACACAGGAGAGAAGCCUUAUAGCUGUGGUCAGUGUGGGAAGAGCUUUUCUCGAUCAGUACAUCUGACUUGCCACCAGCGCAUACACACAGGAGAGAAGCCUUAUAGCUGUGGUCAGUGUGGGAAGAGCUUCAGGCAUUCAGGGAGCCUGAAUUCACACCAGCGAAUACACACUGGAGAGAAGCCUUAUAGCUGUGAUCAGUGUGGGAAGAGCUUCAGUGAUUCAGGCCAACUGACUAGACACCUGCAAACACACACAGGAGAGAAGCCUUAUAGCUGUCAUCAGUGUGGGAAGGGCUUUUCUCGAUCAGUACAUCUGACUAGACACCAGCGCAUACACACAGGAGAGAAGCCUUAUAGCUGUUAUCAUUGUGGGAAGAGCUUUGCUCUAGCUUCCACCUUGACUGCACACCAGCGAACACACACAGGAGAGAAGCCUUAUAGCUGUGGUCAGUGUGGGAAGAGCUUCAGUCAAUUUGGGCAUCUGAAUUCACACCAGCGAACACACACUGGAGAGAAACCUUAUAGCUGUGAUCAGUGUGGGAAGAGCUUUGCUCAAUCAGGCCAGCUGACUAUACACCUGCGCAUACACACAGGAGAGAAGCCUUAUAGCUGUGAUCAGUGUGGAAAGGGCUUUGCUCGAUCAGGCCAGCUGACUGUACACCAGCGAACACACACUAGAGAGAACCCUUAGAUAGGUAUAUGUGGGAAGAGCUUUGUUCAUUUAGGGCCAAUGAGAAAACACCAAAAAGCACAAACAUGACGUAUUUCAUCUCCCUCCUAUCCAGCACCGGUUCCAGAUCCCUAAAUAAAGGAUCAACAGAAAACAUCUAGUGAACAGUCAUAUCCAUCUCCCAUUCUUAAACAGUUGACUUAGUCUGAUCACCAUGGUAACGUCUCUGGAACAUAAUAUGCAGCUCUGAUCAACGAUCAUUUCUCCCCUGUGUCUAUGAAAUAUCACACAUUGUGAUCUAAAUGGAUAAAUGCUAUCAUAGAAAAUGUCAUAGUGAACCUGUGUGUGUUGGGGGGAUGUUGAUAAUUGUAUCUUCUUUCAUAUACUCAUGAUACUAUUAUUAUUACUAUUACUAUUAUGGGGCGGCAGGUAGCUUAGUGGUUAAGAGCGUUGUGCCAG